GGGAAUUCGAGCCGAGACUGUGAGAAAAAAAAAAAAAAAAAAAAAAAAAAAACAUUAAAAAAAUAAAUGAAAAUAAUGACGCCGCCAGACACCCAAGUGCCGCCGAGUGCCACUGGUGCCAUGGACAGUGCCACCACGCCCGAGCUGCCUGAUCCUCGAGCGGCGAUGGGCGGGCAAGGGCGUAGGUGGUCCAGACGCCCCUCAGAUUUCGCUCUCGUGGGCUUUGUAGUGGACUCGACCAAGGAGACGAGCCAGAAGCUCAGAGGAGACGUGGAAGCGACGACGAAGAUGGUGAAGGACAAGACGGUGACUGUGACGGGCCACGUGAAGGAUGCCACGGUGGGUGCCAGCAUGUGGGUGGCGUCGCAGACCAGCAAGACGGCGAAGGCGGCGAUGGAGCAGGCGAAGUCCGGUCUCAGCGUCGGCGAGAAGUUCACCCUCUUCGCCGUCGAGAAGAUUACAGCAUGGUCUCGCAGCGGCUUCACCCACUUCUUCAUGUUCCUCAUCCUGGCCGGCUACACUGCCCUCGGCGCCCUGCUCUUCAUCGCCAUCGAGUCGCCUCACGAGACGGAGGAGAAGCUCGACAUCGAGGAAGCGAGACUGAGGCUGAUGCAAGGGCUGUGGGACGAGCGGAACAGCGGAGGGAACUUCACCGACUGGGAGCUGCUGGCCAAGGAUCUCCUGAAGCCGUACGACGAGCAGCUGUACCACUCCUUCACCAUCGGCGUCUCCCCGGACACUGACACGAAGGUCUGGACGUUUUGGAAAGCGAUGUUCUUUUGUUCGACCAUCACCACGACUAUCGCGUUGAUAGAUAAAAAGGAUGGGUCGACAUCUAUUCAUGGCAUCCGGCACUAUAAGUCUCAAAGCGCCACACAAUACCGCAAUAACAACGACAGCUUUGUGAGAAUAUGCUUCAGCCAGACGCAAAAUAAUGUGACGUUAAGAGCAACCCCCAUCUACCGGCAGAACCAGAAACUAGAAUUGUUGUCGUCUACACCCCCAGCUCGACACCCGAAGCGCCUAGGAAAAAAACACAGACGACUGAAAUAUAACCUCGUCACUAACGUCGUACCCCCAACCCCCCCUCUGGAUACCCCCACCCCUCCCCUGGCUAUCCCCGAGUCGACCUCCGCCGACUUCGACAAGCAGCUCGAGGUCGAACUCAAAAAUCGCUUAACCUCGAAACGCGUUUUCUACGAGGCGGAAGAAAAAGGAACGAAGGACAAGAAGAAAAAGGAGGAGGAGGAGGAGGAGGAGGAGAAAGAGGAAGAUGGAGAGGAAGACGAGCCUCAGUAUUGCUGUUUUUCGGUGUGUAUGAAGAAGGUGCGAGGUUGGUGUGGUCUCCUGUGUCUGCGAAAGGAGGAAGAGGAAAUCCCCGAGAAUGAAGAAGACGUGGUAGAUGACAACUUCAACUUGCCAAUCUCUCUCGCUCUUCUCAUCCUGCUUUUGUACAUCAUGAUGGGGUGCACGAUAUAUACGAUCUGGGAAGAGUGGACUUAUUUCGAAGCUUUCUACUUCAUCUUCAUCUCCAUGACUACCAUCGGCUUCGGAGACUACGUUCCAGAGCAUCCAGCCUUCAUGAUGAUGACCACAGUUUACCUCAUCUUCGGUCUGGCACUCACUGCUAUGUGCAUCAACAUCAUACAGGAGAAACUCACCGAUACCUUCAGACAAGCAAGUGAAAAAUUGAAGGCGUCUCUAAGUCACAUCAUGGCAGCCGCUUCCUUGGGCGAGGACAUAGGAGUUCAGGAAGGGAAGGAGGUGGAGUUAGCGCCGGUUCACACCUCUACAGGGAGCGAUAUUCUGAAAAGAGAUUCGAUCUCUAUGAAGAAGGAGACUUAAAAUUGAAAAAAAAGGGAAAAUAUGUAUAUUAUUCUCCAUCAACAGAAACAGAAAGUUUCCGUUUUCUGAGAUUUUUUAAAAGAAUGGUUAUCAGUUUGUUUUGUUAGUAGGUGAGGAUGUUAGAAAAAAUCUUUUGUUUUUGUUUUUCUGUAUUUGAUUUUCGAAGAAACACAGGUUUUGCCACGUUAAUGAUAGUGUGUGUUAAUUAGAUGGAGAUGAUAAGUUUGAGCUUACAGGGAGUUGUGUGCAUGGUUCAACUAAUUCCCUCUCUCUCUCUCUCUCUCCCUC